AUGGCCAUAGCACCAGUCGCCAUCGUCUCGCUCCUCAUGGGAGAGCUCCUCUCCACCCAUUACAACCCCGAGUCCCAGCCCUCCCAGUACCUCCGCCUCGCCUUCACCUCCACCUUCUUCGCGGGGGUGUUUCAGCUGGCCAUGGGGCUGCUGCGCCUGGGGUUUGUGGUGGAUCUGCUGUGCCACCCGGUGGUUGUGGGGUUCAUGGGGGGAGCGGCGGUGACGAUCGGCCUGCAGCAGCUUAAGGGGCUGCUGGGGUAUGCGACGUUCACCACGAAAGCGAACGUGCAGUCGGUGUUGGGCUAUGUGUUCAGCAACACGUAUCUGUUCGACUGGCGUGCAUUUGUCAUUGGCAUGGCGGUGCUUCUCUUCCUCCUCUCGCUCCGCUUCCUGGCACACCAUUUCAAGCCCCACCCCAGGCUCGGCAAGCCACUCUUCUACCUCAACUGCCUCGGCCCAAUCCUCGCAGUCACCGCCACCUCCCUCGCCGUCUACCUUCUGGGCGGCGGCAACAAACCCCCCUACAACAUCCCCACCGUCAAGCCCCUGCCAGCUGGCGUCGCCUCGUUCGGCUCGCUGACUCAGCUCCAGCUGUCGGGCCCUGAUUGCGCGGCUGCUGCUUCCAUAGGGAUUGUCGCGGCGCUGAUCGCUUUAGCGGAAGCGACUGCGAUCGCUAGAAUGUUUGCGACUUUGGAGGGUUACGAGGUGGAUGGUAACCGCGAGAUGAUCGCUCUCGGCAUGGCGAAUAUCGGAGGCUCCUUCUCCUCGACCUACGUGGUUACUGGGUCGUUCUCGCGGUCCGCUGUCAACUACAAUUCCGGCGGGAAAACCGCGCUGACCAACGUGAUUAUGUCGGUGCUCGUUUUAGUCACGCUCGUUGCGGUCACGCCCGCGUUUCAGUACCUCCCUACAGCCACCCUCUCUGCAAUCAUUAUCGUUGCUGUCGCUGGAUUGGUGGAUUUUACAGCCAUGGCUCUCAUCCUUAAAACCGACAAAGUUGAUUUUCUCAUCACUCUAGGAACCGCCUUGGGUAUUCUCUUUGUCUCCAUGGAAAUCGGACUCCUUAUAGGCGUCCUCGUUUCAAUGCUGAAGUUCUUUGUGCAGGUUGCUCGCCCAAAGCUGCCGACCCUGGGGCUCAUUACGGGUACAGGGGUGUACGGAAGUGUGGAGCAGUAUCCCGAAGCAGAAGUGGAGGAGGGGGUGUGGGUGGUGAGGGUGAAUGGACCGCUGCUCUUCCCCAGUGCAAGCUAUGUGCGGCAGCGGGUGUUGAGAGCGGUGGAGAGGAGUGCGCGAGGCGACAAGAAGAGAAUCAUGCAUGUGGUGUUGGAUUGCACGUCAGUAACCGACAUUGACACAACAGCCAUCCACGCCCUACAAGACCUCCUCAACCUCUUACAUCGCCACCAGGUGCAGCUAGUGCUGACCAAUCCAGCCACAGUGGUUCUAAGAAAGCUGGCUCUCUCAGGGUUUAUUGAGGAGUUGGGUGACGAGUGGCUGUUUCUCUCUGCUGCAGAUGCAGUGGCAUUUUGCCAGUCGGUUGCGAAGAGCAACGGGGUGUAG